CGUGCCGCCUGGCGUCUGGGCGGUCAUGGCGGCCACGUUCUUCGGCGAGGUGGUGAAGGCGCCGUGCCGCGCGGGCACGGAGGAGGAGGAAGAGGAGGACGACGAGGGGAGGAGGGAGACGCCCGAGGACAGGGAGGUCCGGCGGCAGCUGGCGAAGAAGAGGGAGGUGCGGCUUCUUCAAGGACAGACGAAGACAUCUCUGGAAGUUCCUCUGCUAGAAAAAUAUCCUUGCUCCAAGUUUAUAAUUGCUAUAGGAAGUAAUGCUGUAGCAUUUUUGUCAUCAUUUGUUAUGAAUUCAGGAGUCUGGGAAGAAGUGGGUUGUACUAAGCUCUGGAAUGAAUGGUGCAGGACCACAGACACUGUACACCUGUCCCCAACGGAGGCUUUCUGUGUGUUUUAUCGGCUCAAAUCAAAUCCUUCGAUUUUCCUUUGUCAGUGCAGCUGCUACGUGGCUGAGGACCAGCAGUACCAGUGGCUGGAGAAGGUUUUUGGUUCCUGUCCAAGGAAGAACAUGCAGAUAACCAUUCUCACGUGUCGACAUAUCACCGAGUACAAAACUCCAGAAGCUCCCAGCAGCCUGCCUUCUCCUUUCCUGAAAGCCCUAAAAACGCAGACUUACAAAGAUGCUGUGUGCUGCUCGCUGCUGGAACAGCCGAAUAUUGCACAUGAUCUUCCUGCGGCAGUUCUGAGCUACUGCCAAGUGUGGAAAAUCCCCGCGGUUCUCUAUUUGUGCUAUACCGAUGUGAUGCAGUUAGACCUGGUCACGGUUGAAGCCUUCAAGCCUGCACUGUCCUCCCGAAGCUUGGCAGGGUUGGCUAAGAAUAUUCCUCAAAGCACAGAGAUGCUGAAGAGGCUGAUGACAACCAGUGAGAUUCAGAGUAACAUUUACACCUGAGCCCAUGUUCCCAUGACGCCGGCCUGUCCACCCGCCUGGAGCAGCAGCAGGAGCCCUGGGACAACCGCCGUCCUCCCGCCUAGCAAACGCUGUUGUGUCCAGUUCUCUGUGGGGGCGUAUUUCAAGGAUGUACUAAACAAUAACAACCUUAAAAAGAUGAA